GGCCAGAGAGAAAAGAAGCUGUGUGCCAAAUACCGAUACCCAGGAAUAGAAGACAAGUGCGAGAAUUCUUGGGGGCAGCAGGCUUCUGUAGGAUAUGGAUUCCCAGCUACGCGAUACUGGCAAAACCACUGUAUGCAGCUAUCAAAGGUACAGAGCACGACCCCUUCUUAUGGACUCAAGAACAGCAAACGGCAUUCGAAGAUGUGAAGAGGGCUUUGAUGAGUGCCCCAGCAUUAGGUCUACCUGACCACACACGGCCAUUCUACCUGUAUGUACAUGAGCAAAGAAGAAUGGCUGUGGGAGUAUUGACACAGUACUUGGGAUCAUGGCAAAGACCUGUUGCCUACAUGUCUAAGCAACUGGAUGCAGUGGCCAGCGGACUUCCACCUUGUCUAAGAGCUGUAGCUGCAGCAGCCCUGCUAGUAGCUGAAGCCGAUAAACUCACUCUGGGUCAAGAACUUUAUGUACGAGUUCCACAUGCAGUACAGACGUUGUUGGAUUACAAAGGAAAUCAUUGGUUUAGUAACAGCCGUAUGACCAAGUAUCAAGCAAUGUUGUGUGAAAACCCAAGAGUGCAUUUAGAGACUGUAAAUACCUUAAAUCCAGCUACCCUUUUGCCACAACCUACUGAAAGUCAACAUGAUUGUUUGGAAGUAAUGGAUGAAGUAUUUUCAAGUAGACCAGAUCUUCGUGAUUUUCCCAUCCAGAACCCUGAUGUUCAAUAUUACACCGACGGCAGUAGUUAUGUAAAAGAAGGGAUCCGCUAUGCAGGAUAUGCAGUAACAACGAUAGACAAGGUGAUAGAAGCUCGGUCACUGGCAAAAGGAACAUCAGCACAAAAGGCAGAAUUGAUAGCACUGACACGAGCGUUACAAUUGGCUGAAGGUUUAAGAGUGAACAUCUACACGGACUCCAAGUAUGCGUUUUUAACCACUCAUGCCCACGGAGCUUUGUAUAAAGAAAGAGGACUAUUGAAUUCAGAAGGCAAAGAAAUCAAAUACGAAGGCAAAGAAAUCAAAUACGCAGCUGAGAUCCUACAACUAUUGGAAGCAGUGUAGGAGCCGAAAGAAGUCGGUAUUAUACAUUGUCGGGCGCAUCUGAGAGGAGAUGGUGAUGUAACCAAAGGGAAUCGGAUGGCAGAUAGUGCAGCUAAGCGUGCUGCUGAAUCAGGAAGACAGGAAUAUGUGGGGCAUAUAGCUGCUCUUAUACCAACUCCACUGUCUCAAUGGACUCCAAUUUAUACAGCUCAAGAAGAGGAGUGGUUUAGGACUGAACCUGGAAAGUAUUUGGAGAACAAAUGGUAUCAGUUAGAAGAUGGAAGAAUAGUUAUUCCAGCAUCACUAGCGGUAGAAAUUGUCCAAAACUAUCAUAACGGGACACAUUCUGGGAGAGACAGUACAGAAGAAUCUCUCAGAAAACAUUUCUACAUACCAAGAUUGGCCAACUUGACUCAGGCCAUUGUACGUAGAUGUGUAACGUGUGCUAAAAAUAAUGCAAGACAAGGACCAGUAAAGCCACCAGGAGUCCAGUUUAUGGGGGGACUUCCCAUGUGCGAUUUACAAAUUGACUAUACAGUGAUGCCUAAAUCGGGUGGACAUCGCUACCUGCUGGUAGUGGUGUGCACCUAUUCAGGCUGGGUAGAAGCAUGUCCUACUCGUACAGAGAAAGCAGGAGAAGUCGUGAGAUUCCUGCUACGAGAAAUAAUACCCGAUAUGGACUACCCUGCUCUAUAGGAUCGGACAAUGGUCCAGCUUUUGUUCAUCAGUGUCUACAACAAUUGACUCAUAUGCUUGGUAUAAAGUGGAGGCUUCAUACGGCAUAUAGACCCCAGAGUUCUGGUAAGGUAGAGAGAAUGAAUAGAACUAUUAAGAAUCAGUUGGCUAAAUGUGUCAGGAAACCCAACUUAAGUGGAACGUUCUCUUGCCCAUAGCUCUAUUGCGAAUCCGUAGUACACCUACCAGAAGGAUGGGCCUCUCUCCUUUUGAAAUCAUGUACGGGCGACCACCUCCCGUGCUUGGUAACUUAAGGGGGGAUUUGAGUCAGUUAGGAGAAGGAAUUACCCGGCAGCAGGUUGUAGAGUUGGGUAAGACUAUGGAGGAGGUACAGAAAUGGGUACAAGAUAGAUUACCUGUGAAUAUUUAUCCCCCAAUUCAUAGUUACCACCCAGGCGACCAAGUGUGGAUUAAAGAGUGGAAUAAUAUGCCGUUAGGGCCCAAGUGGAGAGGUCCUUAUGUUGUUCUUCUGUCUACCCCUACAGCGAUAAAAGUAGCCGAAGUGGCUCCGUGGAUACAUCACUCCAGGGUUAAACCAGCAGCAGCCGAUUCCUGGCAAGUUACGGCAAAUCCAGAGAAUCCCUGCAAGAUCCGGUUAAAACGCACGACUCAGUCGGAGUGACGAGGAACCUUGUAGAUUACAAAUUUUAUUGUUUCAGAGACGUGGUAAGUGAGUGAGAAGGCCAUAAUAAAGCCUGUCCACUCACCAACGAGUGUAUAAGUCAGGGAAAGUCUUGAGGGGACCCCUGUGAAGACGAGCAGAACUCCAUUCCCUGCAGCACUUACAUCCUGGAAGCUGAGGUGCCUUCGCACGGACGAAGACUGAGGAUGACGACGAAAGAUGUAUUUUUAAUAAUGUUUAUUUAUGUGUAUUUUUAUAUUCAGGAAAGUAGAGGUACCGACACUCCUAGCUGUGAGGUAUGCAUUAAGACUACAAGAACAGGUAACCAUAUAUCCCAGACCCUAAUUUGGCAUUCGCAAUAUGAGUGUAAAGGAGAUGUAUAAAGAUGUAGAUACUUAAAUAUAGAAUAUAGUGUGUGUCAUUUAGGAGUAGGAGAACCUAAGUGCUUCAGUCCUGAGUAUCAACCCCGUACAAUUUGGUUGACUCUCAGAAAUAGAGAUUCUCAGGGGACCCUAAUUAAUAAGACGGUAUUAAAAUCCGUAUAUUCUUCAGGUGCUCUGCUAUUUGAUGCGUGUAAAGCAAUAUCAAGUGGUAAAAAGCCGUGGAAUGUAUGUGGGGAUCUUAGAUGGGAGAGGACGUAUGGGUCUAACGAUAAAUAUAUUUGUCCCAGUAGUAAAAAUAAAUAUGUAAGUCCAAGAUGCCCAAAUAGAGAUUAUAACUUCUGCCCAUAUUGGUCUUGUGUGGGGUGGGCGACUUGGGGACAGACAGCAGACAAGGACAUGAUUGUGACUAAGUUGCCUACUAAUCCAUAUUGUAAGUCUAUGGAAUGCAAUCCAAUCCAUAUACUUAUAAAUAACCCUGACAAGUUCUUAGAUAAAUAUGGUAAUUUAUUUGGGUUUCAAAUAUAUGGGACGGGUUUAGACCCUGGGACAAUAUUGUUUAUAGGGAUAGAGACUGAUACGGUAACCUCCCAAACUCAUCAAGUAUACCAUUCCUUUUAUGAAGAGAUGAGCAUAGAUAAUAAGAUCCCCCAUAAUGCUAAAACUUGUUCAUUGAUUUAGCCGAGAGUAUUGCCGGUAGUCUUAAUGUUACCAACUGCUAUGUGUGUGGAGGUACUAACAUGGGAGACCAAUGGCCUUGGGAAGCAAAGGAGGUAAUGUCCGGUUCUGAGGCAGUUGACCAAUUAAUAUCUACACAAGCCGACUAUCAUAUGAGUGUUAGAGGUAAAUCUGAGUGGAAAUUGAAGACCUCCAUCAUAGGUUAUGUUUGCAUAGCGAGGAAAGGAAUGAUGUAUAAUACUUCUGUAGGAGAAUUAACUUGUCUAGGGCAAAAAGCUUAUGAUGAUGAUACAAAGAAUACAACUUGGUGGUUCAAUGUCUCAGAACCAUCUAACCCGUUUGCAAGAUAUGCCAAUUUAAAGGACGUAUGGUUUGAUCUAUCCAUCACAUCUAACUGGAGAGCCCCAGCGAAUUUGUACUGGAUCUGUGGUAAGAAGGCCUAUUCGGAGUUACCACAGGACUGGGAAGGGGCAUGUGUGUUGGGUAUGUUAAAACCAUCCCUUCUUCUUGUUGCCUAUUGAAACAGGUGAGACUUUAGGUGUUAAAGUGUAUGAUGUGAAUCAUAGGAAGAAAAGGGGACCCAUAGAGAUAGGUGCCUGGGAAGAUAAUGAAUGGCCUCCCAGCGUAUUAUAGAUUAUUAUGGGCCAGCCACGUGGGCAGAGGAUGGUACCUUUGGUUAUAGAACCCCUAUUUAUAUGCUCAACCGCAUUAUAAGGUUACAGGCGGUGGUUGAGAUCAUUACUAACGAGACAUCACAAGCGCUCAAUCUUCUAGCGAAGCAUAAUACCAGGAUGAGAACAGCAGUUUACCAAAAUAGAUUAGCCUUGGAUUAUCUUUUGGCAGUAGAGGGAGGUGUAUGUGGGAAGUUUAACCUGAGCAAUUGCUGUCUUCAAAUAGAUGACGAAGGGCAAGCAAAAGCUGAGCUUACUAGCCAUAUGGUUAAACUAGCGCAUGUGCCUACUCAGGUAUGGAAAGGGUACAAUCCAAGUAGUUGGUUUGGUAGCUGGUAUGAGUGGUUUUGAGGGCUUAAGGCAGUGGUAGGUGGAGUCCUACUGAUUUUAAUGUUGUGUCUACUCCUGCCGUGUCUUAUACCCUUAGUAGUUAGGUCUGUGCAAAGCCUGAUAGAAAAUAUAGCAGAGAGGAAGGCUGCUGCACAGAUAAUGGCAAUUUAUAAAUAUAAGGCUCUAGAUCAGGGAGAACCAAUGCAGGAAGGCGAGUGUUGAAGAUUCACAUCAUAGGAUAAGUCUGGUCUGGUUCAAAGGUAACUUGUGGUGUAUGCAAACCAAGGUUAAGUGAUGCCUCAAGUAAUUGUAAAAUAUCAAGAGGCAUCAAAGGGGGGAAUGUGGUGGAAUCUCGGUAAAAAUAAAUUUAGUAGGCCGAGAUUACCACGUGGCAUGUGUACGUGCAUAUGCUGGCGUAUCGAUCAGUUGGUUGCACGAGGCAAGAUACGAUCAGUAGUGUACGGAGCAUGUGCAAGAAUACAGGAUGUAGUAUUCCCCUCCUCCAUUGUGCUGAACAAGCCAUGUGGUCAAGCAGGAAGUUAAUUCUUAUUUGUAAUGAUUGGUCAAGAGAAUGUGCGGGUGGAGCUUAAUAUGGGAGGAGUUAUGUGCCUAUAUAGGGAGCCUGCACUAUUGUUCAGGGCUCAGAACUUGCUGUAUUUUUUGUGACAUUAGUCCCUCUGAGUCCCGAUCGGUGAUCCAAUAAAGAAUCUCUUCCUUCCUGAAGAAACCUGUGUCCAUCCCUCUGUGCUUUGCUUCCGUCAGUUUCUCCGGUAUCAGCAGGUCUUUUAAAGCACAUUUUUAUUUAGGAUCUCGGAAACGUGUUAAAAUAAAGACGAAAUGGCGGGUUUCUGUCAGUCUGAAAAUGAUGUGAAAUUAUUGUAAAUUGUGGACACUGACGUAUCAGCUACUACACACAGGGUAAUCAUUAAACGCCAAACUGGAAUACUGUCUCUCUCAGUCUUAGUCUGUCUCUCUCUGGCCUGGCUGUCUCUCUCAGUCUCUGGCUGUCUCUCUCAGUCUCAGUCUCAGUCUCUGUCCUGGCUGUCUCUCUCAGUCUGGCUGUCCUGGCUGUCUCUCUCAGUCUCAGUCUGUCUCUCUCUGGCCUGGCUGUCUCUCUCAGUCUCUGGCUGUCUCUCUCAGUCUCAGUCUCUGUCCUGGCUGUCUCUCUCAGUCUGGCUGUCCUGGCUGUCUCUCUCAGUCUCAGUCUCAGUCUCUGUCCUGGCUGUCUCUCUCAGUCUCUGGCUGUCAGUCUCAGUCUCAGUCUCUGUCCUGGCUGUCUCUCUCAGUCUGGCUGUCCUGGCUGCCUCUCUCAGUCUCAGUCUGUCUCUCUCUGGCCUGGCUGUCUCUCUCAGUCUCUGGCUGUCUCUCUCAGUCUCAGUCUCAGUCUCUGUCCUGGCUGUCUCUCUCAGUCUCUGGCUGUGUCCUAGCUGUCUCUCAGUCUGGGUCAGGAGAUUUCAUAGGUCCAGUUUGAUGUUUAGUAGACUAAAGCCCACAGUGGGGCUGGAUGAGAGUUACUGAGUUAGACAUUCAGUUGAAGUAAUCUCAGGCUGCCCACUGGGAGAGGACACGCCCACAACCUGGCAGCCGCCCUCAGCCAACAUGGCGGACACUGCGCCUGCGUCAUGGCUGCGACCCGGAAGUGACGGCUUUCGGGCGAGUUCGGUCUGUACUGGAGGCUGCGGGGGCGGAGGACAAGGAGAGAGGAAGAAGCUGGAAUGCAAGAGCAGCAGGGGCCCGAGGAAAGGCGGCUGAACGGAAAGAAAACGCUUUCAAACCAGGCUGGAAAACGAAAACAACCGAACCCUGAAGAACAGCCAGGCCAGAGCUGACUGGUGAAAACAACCAGAACUGAAGAAGACAGCCCAGGAGCUGAAGACAGCCAGGCCGAAGAAGACGGCAGGCUGAAGAGCAGCUCCAGGCCAGAGACAGCCCAGGGCUGAGAGGGCAAGCCAGGCCAGAGAGAGACAGCCAGAGACUGAGAGGGACAGCCAGGCCAGAGAGAGACAGCCAGAGACUGAGAGAGACAGCCAGGCCAGAGAGAGACAGACUGAGACUGAGAGAGACAGCCAGAGGCUGAGAGAGACAGCCAGGCCUGAGACUGAGAGAGACAGCCAGGCCAGAGACUGAGAGACAGCCAGAGACUGAGACUGAGAGAGACAGCCAGAGACUGAGACUGAGAGAGACAGCCAGGCCAGAGACUGAGAGACAGCCAGGCCAGAGAGAGACAGACUGAGAGAGACAGCCAGGGCAGAGACUGAGAGAGACAGCCAGGGCAGAGACUGAGAGAGACAGCCAGGCCAGAGAGAGACAGCCAGAGACUGAGAGAGACAGCCAGGCCAAAGACUGAGAGAGAUAGCCACCCCAGAGACCGAGAGACCACCAGGCCAGAGACUGAGAGAGACAGCCACCCCAGAGACUGAGAGACCACCAGGCCAGAGACUGAGAGAGACAGCCACCCCAGAGACUGAGAAAUAGACAGCCAGCCCAGAGACUGAGAAAUAGACAGCCAGCCCAGAGACUGAGAAAUUGACAGCCAGCCCAGAGACUGAGAAAUUGACAGCCAGCCCAGAGACUGAGAAAUAGCCAGCCAGCCCAGAGACUGAGAAAUAGACAGCCAGCCCAGAGACUGAGAAAUAGACAGCCAGCCCAGAGACUGAGAAAUAGACAGCCAGCCCAGAGACUGAGAAAUAGACAGCCAGAGACUGAGAGAAAGAGACAGCCAGGCCAAAAACAGAGAAGAAGAGACAGCCAGUCCAGAGACUGAGAGAGAGAGUACUCUUUGGUACUGGGACUGAUCCAAGAGCACCCUAGGAUUCCAGGGCGAAGGGCUGAGUGCAGUUCCACAACUUGUCUAGAGACAGAGAGAGACAGACAGACUAAAAGAAAGAGAGACAGACAGCCCUGAGUCAGAGACUGAGAGAGAGACACGGUCUUCCCCUCCCAAGAAAUAGCCCCCACCCUGGUAGUCGUCUUCAGCUUAGGACUUCUGUAAGAAGACCUCUGUAAGAGAGACCAAAGGCUCACACAAUAUAUACAUAGUGAUAUAAACACAUACAACACCGUGAAAUAAACACACAAUACACUGAUAUAAACACACACAGCACAAACAUAGUGAUUAGAAAGCUCCACUUAUUUAAUUUCCCUUUUACCAACACACAGAUUGCAGCAUGCGAAUAUUGAUCGAAUACAUGUCAGGAACCAGGGGAUUCCAUCUAUGAAUGUAUGGACAUUUGAAUUGUACAGCCCUGAGACGGAGUACACUCUGAGCUUGACCUCACCUCUCUUCUAAUCCAGGGGUCUAUUGAAGGGAAUCUGUACAUAAAAUAUUGGUUCUGAGGACAUCAUGCAGGGAGACCCGCCACCAAUGAGGGUCUCUGACAAUGAGGGCAAGUUGAAUGUGGUUCCCAGUCCCCCCAGCCAUCGGGCGACUGGCAGGACUGCAGGUUCCAAGGCUUGGCAAUACAGGUGAGAGCAGAAAAGACACCAGUUUGUCAUUUUUAUGGAUUGAUAAAUGAAAACAGUUCUGGAUCCUUGGUCAUUUACAAUGGAGGUGUCUGUCCUAAUAUGACAAGAAAUGCAGUGAGCUCACAGGAGAUGAAUGGCUGUUUAUAUCAGUGGUCCUGGAUUAUGUGGGAGAUGUUUAACUGUUACUCAGUUAGUUGCUCUCUGUAGCUGAUCGCAGAGUAUUUGAAAGGAGGUUAAACACUGAAAACAAUAUUCAGUGCAAUACGUUAAAAUAUAUUGGAAUUCUCUGUUAUUUUUGCACCAAAAUUGUCGUUCUUUAACCAGCGGUAAAAUUGCCAGCAUGUGUACAGACUGAAAGAUAUACUUACCCAUCUAUUCGAGGAAUGGAGCGGCUCCCAGUGCCUGUUCCAAAGCUAGUUGUUUUUUUCCAUCUAAUCAUUUGCUAUCAAUUUGUUUCACAAUGUACACAUACAAGUUUAUUCUCAUUGACACCAGGCCAUGUUGGUUAUGACAGAUGUAGUCAUUCUUCCUAGUGAACUAUGUCACGUAAAAGUUAAAAGUAUUUAUGGAAAGACACUGCAAGCACCAGAAUUACUCCAGCAUGCUGAUUUUUGUUUUUCUGUGCAGUGACCACAUGGAAAAUAUCUACGGGUACCUGAUGAAGUACACCAACUUAGUCACUGGCUGGCAGUACCGGUACGUGCCUUUCAUUUUUUGUCUGGUGUUUCCCAUGUAUUACAUUUAUUCGUAUUCUCAGGUUUCUGUUACAUGAUCUCUAUUACUUUUUGGAUUCUCCUCAUUCUGGAUUCUCAGGGACACUAUAGUCACUAAAACAACCUCAGCUUUAGGAAACCGUUUUGGUGUAUAGAUCAUGCCCCUGCAGUCUCAUUGCUCAAUUCUCUGCCAUUUAGAAGGUAAAACACUUUGUUUAUGCAGCCUUAGCCACUCCUCCCUGCAUGUGACUUACACAGCCUUCCUAUACACUUCCUGUGAAGAGUCAUCUAAUGUUUACACUUUCUUUAUGGCAAAUUCUGUUUAAAGUAGAAUUCCUUGUCUCCUGCUCUUUUUUUAUUCUUUAUUUAAGUUUUUCAUACAGUGACAAGUAACAGUUCAACAUGUUCGCGAUCGACAUUUACACAGUGCAGUUAACAACGAUAGGUGUGCAUCAAUACGGUCGUCUCAUACCAGGGGUGACAAAGAGCCGACCCCCGUCCAGGGCUCCUUUCUGGGCUAGUUUCUGUACAUUUCCUCUAUUUAUUUGCUCUUUUCCGUGCAUUUUCUUUAUUUGCUAGUUCCCGUACAUUUCCUUUAUAUAUUUGCUAUUUCCCCUGCAUAUCCUCUAUUUAUUUGCUAGUUCCCGUACAUUUCCUAUAUUUAUUUAUUUAUUUGCUAGUUUCCGUACAUUUCCUCUAUUUAUUUGCUAAUUCCCGUACAUUUUCUUUCUUUAUUUGCUAGCUCCCGUGCAUUUCCUUUAUUUAUUUGCUAAUUCCCGUACAUUUCCUUUAUUUAUUUAUUUGCUAAUUCCCGUACAUUUCCUUUAUUUAUUUAUUUAUUUAUUUAUUUAUUUGCUAGUUCCCGUACAUUUCCUUUAUUUAUUUAUUUAUUUGCUAAUUCCCGUACAUUUCCUUUAUUCAUUUAUUUGCUAAUUCCCGUACAUUUCCUUUAUUUAUUUAUUUGCUGAUUCCCGUACAUUUCCUUUAUUUAUUUAUUUGCUAAUUCCCGUACAUUUCCUUUAUUUAUUUGCUAGUUCCCGUACAUUUCCUCUAUUUAUUUGCUAGUUCCCGUACAUUUCCUAUAUUUAUUUAUUUAUUUGCUAGUUUCCGUACAUUUCCUCUAUUUAUUUGCUAAUUCCCGUACAUUUUCUUUCUUUAUUUGCUAGCUCCCGUGCAUUUCCUUUAUUUAUUUGCUAAUUCCCGUACAUUUCCUUUAUUUAUUUAUUUGCUAAUUCCCGUACAUUUCCUUUAUUUAUUUAUUUAUUUAUUUGCUAGUUCCCGUACAUUUCCUUUAUUUAUUUAUUUAUUUGCUAAUUCCCGUACAUUUCCUUUAUUUAUUUAUUUGCUAAUUCCCGUACAUUUCCUUUAUUUAUUUAUUUGCUGAUUCCCGUACAUUUCCUUUAUUUAUUUAUUUGCUGAUUCCCGUACAUUUCCUUUAUUUAUUUAUUUGCUAAUUCCCGUACAUUUCCUUUAUUUAUUUGCUAGUUCCCGUACAUUUCCUCUAUUUAUUUGCUAGUUCCCGUGCAUUUCCUUUAUUUAUUUAUUUGCUAAUUCCCGUACAUUUCCUUUAUUUAUUUGCUAGUUCCCGUACAUUUCCUCUAUUUAUUUGCUAAUUCCCGUACAUUUCCUUUAUUUAUUUGCUAGUUCCCGUACAUUUCCUUUAUUUAUUUGCUAGUUCCCGUACAUUUCCUCUAUUUAUGUGCUAAUUCCCGUACAUUUCCUUUAUUUAUUAGCUAGUUCCCAUGCAUUUCCUUUAUUUAUUUGCUAGUUCCCAUGCAUUUCCUUUAUUUAUUUGCUAGUUCCCGUGCAUUUCCUUUAUUUAUUUAUUUGCUAAUUCCCGUACAUUUCCUUUAUUUAUUUAUUUGCUAAUUCCCGUACAUUUCCUUUAUUUAUUUGCUAAUUCCCGUACAUUUCCCGUACAUUUCCUUUAUUUAUUUGCUAGCUCCCGUGCAUUUCCUCUAUUUAUUUGCUAAUUCCCGUACAUUUCCUUUAUUUAUUUAUUUGCUAAUUCCCGUACAUUUCCUUUAUUUAUUUAUUUAUUUGCUAAUUCCCGUACAUUUCCUUUAUUUAUUUAUUUGCUGAUUCCCGUACAUUUCCUUUAUUUAUUUAUUUGCUGAUUCCCGUACAUUUCCUUUAUUUAUUUGCUAAUUCCCGUACAUUUCCUUUAUUUAUUUAUUUGCUGAUUCCCGUACAUUUCCUUUAUUUAUUUGCUAGUUCCCGUACAUUUCCUCUAUUUAUUUGCUAGUUCCCGUGCAUUUCCUUUUAUUUGCUAAUUCCCGUGCAUUUCCUUUUAUUUGCUAAUUCCCGUGCAUUUCCUUUUAUUUGCUAAUUCCCGUACAUUUCCUUUAUUUAUUUGCUAGUUCCCGUGCAUUUCCUCUAUUUGCCAGUUCCCGUGCAUUUCCUUUAUUUAUUUAUUUGCUAAUUCCCAUACAUUUCCUCUAUUUAUUUGCUAGUUCCCGUGCAUUUCCUUUAUUUAUUUAUUCGCUAGUUCCCAUACAUUUCCUCUAUUUAUUUGUUCUCGUACAUUUCCAACCCCCGUCCAGGGCUCCUUUCUGGACUAUAAGCUGUGACCCUGGCUGAGGUGCAACAGAGCGGCCCCCGGCUAGUUUCUGUACACUUUCUCUAUUUAUUUGCUCUUUCCUGUGCAUUUCCUUUAUUUGAUAGUUUCUGUAUAUUUCCUUUGUGUAUUUGUUAGUUCCCGUACAUUUCCUCUAUUUAUUUGAUAGUUUCUGUAUAUUUCCUUUGUGUGUUUGUUAGUUCCCGUACAUUUCUUCUAUUUAUUUGAUAGUUUCUGUAUAUUUCCUUUGUGUGUUUGUUAGUUCCCGUACAUUUCCUCUAUUUAUUUGAUAGUUUCUGUGUAUUUCCUUUGUGUGUUUGUUAGUUCCCGUACAUUUCCUCUAUUUUUUUGAUAGUUUCUGUAUAUUUCCUUUGUGUAUUUGUUAGUUCCCGUACGUUUCCUCUAUUUUUUUGAUAGUUUCUGUAUAUUUCCUUUGUGUAUUUGUUAGUUCCCGUACGUUUCCUCUAUUUAUUUGAUAGUUUCUGUAUAUUUCCUUUGUGUAUUUGUUAGUUCCCGUACGUUUCCUCUAUUUAUUUGAUAGUUUCUGUAUAUUUCAUUUGUGUAUUUGUUAGUUCCCGUACAUUUCCUCUAUUUAUUUGAUAGUUUCUGUAUAUUUCCUUUGUGUGUUUGUUAGUUCCCGUACAUUUCCUCUAUUUAUUUGAUAGUUUCUGUAUAUUUCCUUUGUGUGUUUGUUAGUUCCCGUACAUUUCCUCUAUUUAUUUGAUAGUUUCUGUAUAUUUCCUUUGUGUAUUUGUUAGUUCCCGUACAUUUCCUCUAUUUAUUUGAUAGUUUCUGUAUAUUUCCUUUGUGUGUUUGUUAGUUCCCGUACGUUUCCUCUAUUUAUUUGAUAGUUUCUGUAUAUUUCCUUUGUGUGUUUGUUAGUUCCCGUACAUUUCCUCUAUUUAUUUGAUAGUUUCUGUAUAUUUCCUUUGUGUGUUUGUUAGUUCCCGUACAUUUCCUCUAUUUAUUUGAUAGUUUCUGUAUAUUUCCUUUGUGUGUUUGUUAGUUCCCGUACAUUUCCCCGUCAUUUCCUAUAUUUAUUUGAUAGUUUCUGUAUAUUUCCUUUGUGUGUUUGUUAGUUCCCGUACAUUUCCUCUAUUUAUUUGAUAGUUUCUGUAUAUUUCCUUUGUGUGUUUGUUAGUUCCCGUACAUUUCCUCUAUUUAUUUGAUAGUUUCUGUAUAUUUCCUUUGUGUCUUUGUUAGUUCCCGUACAUUUCCUCUAUUUAUUUGAUAGUUUCUGUGUAUUUCCUUUGUGUGUUUGUUAGUUCCCGUACAUUUCCUCUAUUUAUUUAAUAGUUUCUGUAUAUUUCCUUUGUGUAUUUGUUAGUUCCCGUACAUUUCCUCUAUUUAUUUGAUAGUUUCUGUAUAUUUCCUUUGUGUAUUUGUUAGUUCCCGUACAUUUUCUUGUCUGUCAGUUUUUGUUUUUUUUUUCCUUUUUGUUUUUUCCUUUUUUUGUUUACCAGGGUUUUUUUAGAAUUGUGUUUUUGUUUUUUUGUUUGUUUUCCCAGCUACAUCUGUAGUUGCAAGCAGAGGUGUUAAAAAACUUAAUUAAGCUGCAAUUUAUGUCCAACAUUUUCAGAAACUACAGGAGCAAAUCUUACUAUCAGAGUAUCAGUGUUACCUAACAGCCAAGAUAUAACUAGUCCAAUAGGUUAACCCCUUGAGGACCAAACUUCUGGAAUAAAAGGGAAUCAUGACAUGUCAGACAUGUCAUGUGUCUUUAAGGGGUUAAAGGGACACUAUAGUCACCAAAACAACUUUAGCUUAAUGGAGCAGUUUUGGUGUAUAGAUCAUGCCUCUCGGAUUUCACUGCUCAAUUAUCUGCCAUUUAGGAGUUAAAUCACUUUGUUUCUGUUUAUGCUCUCCUAGCCACACCUCCCCUGGCUGUGACUGACACAGCCUGCAUGAAAACAAGAUGGUUUAAUUUUCAGAGGUUACUUACAUUAAAAGUUUAUCUCCUGCUCUGUAAAUCGAACAUCAAUUACAUACAAGAUGCUCCUGCAGGGUCUAGCAAGCUAUUAAUAGUGCAGGAGAUAAGAAUUUAUAAAGUAAAGGGAAUUUGCAAUACAGGAAGUGCAAACAUUAGAUCACUCUGUACAGGAAGUAUUUAUGAAGGCUGCGACUUUGGUACAAAACCAACUGAGCAGUGAGACUGCAGGAUCAUGAUCUAUACACCAAAACUGCUUCAUUAAGCUAAACUUGUUUUGGUGACUAUAGUGUCCCUUGAAUUAAAUUCAAUGUAUAAUGCACGGUCCACAAGCUCACAUAUAUUCCACCAGGGGGAGUUCUAUCACUUAAUGAUGAUUUUCUGGGGUUCUGUGACUUAGGGGCUACCUUUAACCCCUUAAGGACACAUGACAUGUGUGACAUGUCAUGAUUCCCUUUUAUUCCAGAAGUUUGGUCCUUAAGGGGUUAAACUGACUGACCAUGAAUUCUUAUCUCCCAUCAGAUUUUUCGUUUUGAAUAAUGAAGCGGGACUGCUGGAAUAUUUUGUUAAUGAGCAGUCAAGGAAUCAGAAGCCGCGGGGUACAGUUCAGCUAGCAGGAGCAGUGAUUUCCCCCAGUGAUGAAGAUUCUCAUACGUUCACUGUGAAUGCUGCCAGCGGGGAGCUAUACAAGCUCAGAGGUGGGCACUCUGACCUAUGGGAGAUUGGUAAACUCACUGUGUGCACUCUGACCUAUGGGAGAUUGGUAAACACACUGUGUGCACUCUGACCUAUGGGAGAUUGGUAAACUCACUGUGUGCACUCUGACCUAUGGGAGAUUGGUAAACUCACUGUGUGCACUCUGACCUAUGGGAGAUUGGUAAACUCACUGUGUGCACUCUGACCUAUGGGAGAAACCUCACUGUGUGAAGUCUGGCAGAAGACCUGUGGUAGGGUAAUUAAAGACCAUCACUCACUGUAGAGUGGAAAAGCCUUCCAGCAGAGGUGGUAGAGACUAAUACAGUGAGUGCAUGGAAUGGCCUUCCAGCAGAGGUGGUAGAGACUAAUACAGUGAGUGCAUGGAAUAGCCUUCCAGCGGAGAUGGUAGAGACUUAUACAGUGAGUGCAUGGAAUAGCCUUCCAGCGGAGAUGGUAGAGACUUAUACAGUGAGUGCAUGGAAUAGCCUUCCAGCGGAGGUGGUAGAAGCUAAUACAGUGAGUGCAUGGAAAGGCCUUCCAGCAGAGGUGGUAGAGAUUAAUACAGUCGGUGCAUGGAAUAGCCUUCCAGCAGAGGUGGUAGAGACUAAUGCAGUGAGUGCAUGGAAUAUUCUUCCAGCAGAGGUGGUAAAGACUAAUGCAGUGAGUGCAUGGAAUAUCCUUCCAGCAGAGGUGGUAGAGACUAAUGCAGUGAGUGCAUGGAAUGACCCUCCCGCAGAGGUGGUAAAGACUAAUAUAGUUUAGGGCUGACACUGCUAGCCUUAGCAGGAUAUAUUAUCCAGGAUGUAGCUGGUGCUUGAUUCAGAGAAAGCUUUGCACAGGUUAGAUGGAGCAGUCUCCAUGGAAGCAAAAUGCAAGGCUCUUGAUGUAUAAUUGCUCUUCUAUCAGUAGAGAAGGUUGGAGGAUAUAUUGUCUCUCUGUCCUCAUUCCAGCCUCGGAUGCCAAAGAGCGGCAGCAUUGGGUGAGCCGGCUUCAGAUUUGCACACAGCACCAUACUGAGGCUAUUGGGAAGGUGAGUGAAGCCAAGAAAUAUGGUUCAUGUUUUAUUCUUCACACGCGCAGCCCUCCGUAGAAAAGGCAGGCACAGCAAUACACUCCUUUAAAGCACAAAACGGACAAUAGAGGGCUUCUAUGGUGACAUGUUUAUUGGAAGUGCAGACAAAAAUAAAAUAAUUGAUAAAAACAGAUAUAAAAUAAGAAAUGAUGUACUAAAUGCCUGAAAGUCCCCUCUCACUAGCCCCCCCUUACCAUGUAGUAUACUCACAAGAUAAUAUGAGCGGCCUAUUUUAGUAGUUCACCCAAGAAUAUUAAAUUAAGGCCUUUAUAACCAACGCUGUAUAUUCUACCCAUUGUGGUCGUGUGAUACUAAUUUCCAUUGGUCUUUAGUGGGCGAUGUCUUUUUUUAAAAUUUGGUUUGCUUGUUCACUCACCCCUUGUGUUUGAUUUCUCCGGCAGAAUAAUCCUCCUCUGAAGUCACGCAGUUUCUCUCUGGCAUCUCAAGGCAGCGGAAACUCUCCAAACUCACAGCGCCGGCCCAGCCAAAACGCAGCUUCCUUUUUCAACCUUGGCCAUCACAGAGCUUCUCACAUUAACAGACGUGCCCAGGUCCUGCCGCAGGACCACCUGGGAGAUGUCCGAGAGGUCAGUGACAAUCCGAUAUCCUCAAAUCCGUCUCCAUCAUUUGUUCACUUGGCACACCAUUUGCAUGUCCUCUAUACAUCUGAUUAUAAGCAAAUGUCUCUCCAGGUUUGCACUUGUUAUAUUUUGUGCAGGUUUUUUUUUUUUUUUUUAAUUCAUAAGUUAAAGAAAUUCUGAAUGGUUUGCAGGACAGACAUAGUAGAGAGUUCUUUAGUCCCAGAAAAUGUCUUUGUAAUUGACUACCUCGUUUUAGCUUGAUGAAUUUAAUAUAUGGAAAAAGUGCAAAACAAGUUUAAAAAAAAUAAGGCAAAUAUUUAAAUUUGUAGACUGGAGUUUUCCGCUGCUCAUGUAUACAAACGUAUUCGAGUUUUACUGAGCAUGUGCACACAGAGCUCAGUGUGUGUGUCUGUCUGUCUGUGCUUCCUUGCUUUCACUUCCAGGCUUCACUACUUAGUGAGUUGUGUUAUAGCUCAUUCAGAAGUCUAUCAAGGAGACCACACAUCAUGUAUACAGCACAGACUAAAUGCUGCAGACACCUGACCCGCAGCAUUUGAAUGCUGUUUUUUUCCCACAUAACCCUAAAGCGAACAUAACAAUGCAUGCAUGUAUAUCUACUGAAUAGUGUUAGAUGUGAUGUGUUCCCUUAACGUGCAUGUAAUUUGACUGGGUGCUUAACGUAAGAAAUGUUUUAACAUAUAAAACACAUUAUGGGCAUGUGUGAAGCAGGCUGUAAGGGAAACCGAAGCUGCUGUACAGAAAGAGCUCCAUCCAGCCCUAUCACAUGAUCUCUCUCAGGGAUACCUUACUAAGUGCUAUGGAAAGUCUGUUCUGUAGACCUGAUCUGGCCGAUGUUCUGCUUAGAUGCACAGUGAUCCUGAAAUAAAACCCCAUACUGACCUAGAAAUAUAGGCGAGUUAAAGGUGACUAGUAGGUGAUCCACCCCCCAUUCCGAGCAGCUCGCCUGUUUUUUAUGGGCAAUAAUAUGUGAAUGAUGCAGGCAGUGUGUGAUAUAAAUAGUACUGUAUGCAGGCUCUGUGUGCUGUAACUAGUACUGUAUGCAGGCUCUGUGUGCUGUAACUAGUACUGUAUGCAGGCUCUGUGUGCUGUAACUAGUACUGUAUGCAGGCUCUGUGUGCUGUAACUAGUACUGUAUACAGGCUCUGUGUGCUGUAACUAGUACUGUAUGCAGGCUCUCUGUGCUGUAACUAGUACUGUGUGCAGGCUGUGUGUGCUGUAACUAGUACUGUGUGCAGGCUCUGUGCUGUAACUAGUACUGUAUGCAGACUGUGUGCUGUAACUAGUACUGUGUGCAGGCUCUGUGCUGUAACUAGUACUGUAUGCAGGCUGUGUGUGCUAUAACUAGUACUCUAUGCAGGCUGUGUGUGCUGUAACUAGUACUGUAUGCAGGCUGUGUGUGCUGUAACUAGUACUGUAUGCAGGCUGUGUGUGCUGUAACUAGUACUGUAUGCAGGCUGUGUGUGCUGUAACUAGUACUGUAUGCAGGCUGUGCGUGCUGUAACUAGUACUGUGUGCAGGCUGUGCGUGCUGUAACUAGUACUGUGUGCAGGCUGUGUGUGCUGUAACUAGUACUGUGUGCAGGCUGUGUGUGCUGUAACUAGUACUGUAUGCAGGCUGUGUGUGCUGUAACUAGUACUGUAUGCAGGCUGUGUGUGCUGUAACUAGUACUGUAUGCAGGCUGUGUGUGCUGUAACUAGUACUGUAUGCAGGCUGUGUGUGCUGUAACUAGUACUGUAUGCAGGCUGUGUGUGCAGUAACUAGUACUGUGUGCAGGCUGUGUGUGCAGUAACUAGUACUGUGUGCAGGCUGUGUGUGCUGUAACUAGUACGGUGUGCAGGCUGUGUGUGCUGUAACUAGUACUGUGUGCAGGCUGUGUGUGCUGUAACUAGUACUGUGUGCAGGCUGUGUGUGCUGUAACUAGUACUGUGUGCAGGCUGUGCGUGCUGUAACUAGUACUGUGUGCAGGCUGUGCGUGCUGUAACUAGUACUGUGUGCAGGCUGUGCGUGCUGUAACUAGUACUGUGUGCAGGCUGUGCGUGCUGUAACUAGUACUGUGUGCAGGCUGUGCGUGCUGUAACUAGUACUGUUUAAGCAUGUGUGGAAUAGGCAUAAGGCUAUCCUAACUAUAAGAUAAGGCUAGGGACUAAUGAAAGUAUUUAGAAAAUUGGGCAGACUAGAUGGGCCGAAUGGUUCUUAUCUGCCGUCACAUUCUAUGUUUCUAGUAUUGUUUCCUAUGUCCUCUGAUCUGGCUCCCCUCUUGCCCCAUCUCAAGUUCACCCUGUCAUCUGUUCCGGCUCCCCUCUUGCCCCAUCUCAUCUUGCCUCUGUCUUCUGGUCCUGUUUCCCCUGCAUUAUCCCAUCUUGCCACAUCCUCUGGACCACUUGCCCUUUCACUGCUGUCUCCUCUGUUUCCAGAUGAUGACGCGGGCCGAGAGUCAGCAGAGAGAGUUGAUGCGCAGUAUUGAGGGCCUCCCUUCCUCUGGUCAACUAAGCGCCCUAGACCAGGAUCUCCUGAUGCUUAAAGCCACGUCCAUGGCUACAAUGAACUGUCUGAAUGAUUGCUUCCACAUGCUACACCAACAGCACGCUGCAUUCAGCAAGCAUAUCCUGCCGCCAGGUGAGCAUUAUGAUAGAUUUAUAUCCGAAAUGCAAUUCCUGCUUUAAAUGGAACUGUUUCACUUCGUCACUAAUAAGAAUCAUUUCUUAGCUUUCCAGCUGCAGGUAUUACUAUUCAGACUUGUUAUAUAUUCCAUAGUCUGAACAGCUUUCACUGUUAGCUGAAUAAAUGUCCAUAUUAAACAAGAGGCCUCCACACUCCACUAGCUUCAUGUCUGGCUAUUUAGUCUCCUCCAGAGCCUGCAAAUAGCAUCUCUGAAUAAUUAAUGGAGGGAUUGCACAACAGUCUGUUUAGACGGAUCAUUUUGGAGGUAGUUAUGGUUUUGUUAAGUUGUAUGAGUGCUCACAGUUCCAGGUGCUUUAAAUUGGGGGUGGGGGGAAUAUAUCUCCUUGACCUGACGUAUUUGGGCAACUGAGCUCCUUGCCUCAGUCCCCUCCUUAGCGAUGUUUGUUUGUCUUUGCCAUUUCCUGAAGCAGUUUAGUUCUUUAACUUUCCGUGUUAGUUGACACCUCCCGUAUCAGGUUCUCUUGAUAUACUGACAGGUACAGCCAGUCAGCUCGUAGCAUGCUAAUGACAGAAUAAGGUGCUGCCCUCGGUGAAGUGAAGUAUCCAAACCGAAUAUAUCUCUACUCAUUUCUUCAGCUGUCUAAAGAAUUAUAGAAAAAUACCCUAAUCGUCCCUGUACCCCUCUGACAAUACCGAGUACCCUGCCUGCCAAUAGCAGAUAUCACACUUAGUCCUGUCUUCUCUGGAUUAUGAGCAGAUUUAAGUGCAAUGUUCCUAUGUCUUCAGGAACCAUUAACUGGCUGGAACCGAGGAUCACGCUGUCCAACCACCUAAAGAAUGGAGAUGACACGGGUUUCUACGCCGAGACCGACAAGGAGCAGGACUUGCUGACUGAAGUGCCCAGCGUGUCCCAAAGCAUCCAGAUGACCAGGGUAAGGUCACCGCCUGAGUCUGGACUUUGUCUAUAGAAACGAUUGCCAGCUUCUCAAAAUACUUCCCUGCUGAAUGAACACUUACCUCCUCGCUGCUAGCUCAUUCAGCGUUUACAUGGUAUGUAGCACAGACUGGCUAGUGUGCAAGGUGUGCGUCCACAAUCAGGAUCACCCUAAUCGUUAUUACCCAUCAUUAAGCCAUUACCAUGGAAAGAACACCCUUUCAUUCUCAUUGUGGUUCUUGGUGAUUGCUUUGCAGUGUUAUAUACUUUCUCUCUUGAUAACGUCUUUAGCUCAGCGCUGAAGAGGUUAAAUGUUGCACGCUGGCUAGGUGUUUGAUGCCAGACCCCAUACUCAUCUUGUCUGCUGCAGAUAUUUAUAGCAUAUUUCUUUUGAGGCCGAUCCCCAACUGGUUUAACCUGAUGAGUUUGAAGCUGUGAUCAGCAGUGACGUUUCCUUCCUCCAGUACACAGUGAUAUCUGCAAGGGAUCAUUUUAAUACCCCAGCAGAACCAGGGAUCCCGCAGUGACCUGUGUUUAUUAGCAGGGAGGAAGGCUUAGUUUAAAUGUAUUUAAUGUGUAUAAUAUAUUGUAUUAUAUGUAACAAGCACUAACCUAUCUGUCAUUGGUAACUAAGGCAGCAUAUUGUCAGGAAGCCAUAGACCAAUAACCUGGAUAACCAUACAGUGUCAGGCCGUACCUGUCCCGGGCCCCACUGCUGCUGAUCAGUUACGGUUAUUUCUCGGGGCUGUGAUUGUGUGCAAUUAACUCCUCUCUUGUAUGCUGCUCAUCUUACUUUAUUGGACAGUACAUUUACUCGCCCCUUGAAUUAAUAUCCACCUCUCCUCUUCCCCUCCUUAUUUUACACCUCUGUCCUCGCCCCAUUGUUAUCUGCCUUUCCAUAUCUCUCCCCUUUUACCUUCAUUAUUAUCCAGGUCUCUUCUUGUCCCCUACUUAUUAUACACUUCUCUCCCAUUUCCCUAAUUUUUAUCCACUUCUCUCCUAUUCCCCUCAUUAUUAUCCACUUCUCUCCUAUUCCCCUCGUUAUUGUCCAUGUCUUUUCUUUUCCCCUCAUGAUCAUAUACCUCUCUCCUCUCUUCCCUUUAUUAUCAUACACCUCUCUCCUCUCCUCCCUUUAUUAUUAUACACCUCUCUCCUCUCUUCCCUUUAUUAUCAUACACCUCUCUCCUCUCCUCCCUUUAUUAUCAUACACCUCUUUCCUCUCUUCCCUUUAUUAUCAUACACCUCUCUCCUCCUCUCUUUAUUAUCACACACCUCUCUCCUCCUCCCUUUAUCAUACACCUCUCUUCUCUUCCCUUUAUUAUCAUACACCUCUCUCCGCCUCCUUUUAUUAUCAUGCACCUCUCUCCUCCUCCCUUUAUCACACACCUCUCUCCUCCUCCCUUUAUCACAACCUCUCUCCUCCUCCCUUUAUCACACACCUCUCUCCUCCUCCCUUUAUCAUACACCUCUCUUCUCUUCCCUUUAUUAUCAUACACCUCUCUUCUCUUCCCUUUAUUAUCAUACACCUCUCUUCUCUUCCCUUUAUUAUCAUACACCUCUCUCCCCCUCUCUUUAUUAUCACACACCUCUCUCCUCCUCCCUUUAUCACACACCUCUCUCCUCCUCCUUUUAUUAUCAUACGCCUCUCUUCUCUUCCCUUUAUUAUCAUACACCUCUCUCCUCCUCCCUUAAUUCAGCAGAGAGAGCAUCAGCAUCAACUCUCUCUGCUGACUCUCUUCCCUUUAUUAUCAUACACCUCUCUCCUCUUUCCCUCAUUAUUAUCCAUCUUUCUUCCAUUAUCAUUUUUCUCCCUUUUUUUGUAUACUUUACCCCUUGUCAUGUGCCUCUCAUCUUUAUCUCUUGUCCUCUACCUCUCAUCUUUAGCACGUGUCAUUCAUCUUUCUUCUCCCAGCAAUGUGUGAAUAUAUGAGCAGAUUCAGAACCACUUAUGUACCUAUUCUCUAACCAGGGCCGGCGCAUCAACUUACCUCACUCUCCCCCUCACAGCCCCCCCCCCUCAGCCCUUGCGCCCCUCACCACAGCCCUUGCACCCCUUACUACAGCCCCUUCCUCACCCCUCUACAUGCACUGCCUCCCUACAGCCCCUGUCCCCUCCACCACAGCCCCUAACUCCCCUACUACAACAAUAUCACCCCACUACACCUCCUACGUUUUCACAGACCUCUGCUCUGUAUGACUAUAAGACUGUCUGUGUCUGUAUAUCUCUGUAUGUCUGUGUCUGUAUAUCUUUCUAUGACAGUGUCUAAAUGUCUGUAUGUCUGUGUUUGUAUGACAUACUUGUAUGUGUAGAUUGACUGUGUGCCUCUAUGACUGUGUUUGUUUGAUUGUAUGCCUGCAUAUCUCUGUGACUGUGUGCCUAUAUGGCUCUAUGUUGCUAUAUAUCUAUGUCUAUUAGGCAUGGGGGGAAGUGACACACAAAACAGACUGAGGGGAGAAAGCCACAGAAAGGGGCUGGAGGAAAGAAAGAGACACACAAAGGGGCUGGGGAAAGUAAGAGAUACACAAGGGAAGUUGUAAGAGACACACAAGAGGAUGUAAGACAUAGUACAGGGGGAUAAAAUACGCUAAAGAGGAUAAGAAAUUCAAAAUGGAGGUCACAAGACACACAGGUGAAGACAAUAUUUUAUUUUCGGGGGGGGGGGGACAAAUGCAUCUUUGCCUGUGUAGCCAAAAUUCCUUGCACCGGCCCUGUCUCUAACUAACCUACCUACAGGAACCAGAGGACAUAGACCCAGACGAUGAGCUGGAGGAUGACAGUGAGCUAACCGAGGAUGAUCUUGGCGCAGUAGAGGAGCAACGAAGCGUCAUCUUACACCUCCUAUCCCAGCUCAAGCUGGGUAUGGACCUCACAAGGGUAAGCAAGCCUAUCUGACUAGCUGAUCUUUGUCUUCCUACCACACAGUCACAGGACAUUAUCAAUAACGCCAGUGAUACUGAAUAUUUAUUGGGAAGGAAUCCAACCCUUUAGGCAACUCAUUGGCUCACAUUACAUUAAAGAUCAGGCUGUUCCUUUAUACCUGGGUUUAUUUGUGUAAUACCUGCAUUUUAUCCUUGUUGUACGCCACCGAAACACAAACUUUCCCAAUAGUUUUCCUUGGUGUGGAGAUUUUUAAAUAGUUCAUAUUUAACCAAAAUGUCAUGCUGAAAUGUUGCAAUCAUAAUAGGAAUGUAGAACCUUUUGAAUAUUAACUUUGAACUAAUUUCUGGAUCAUAGUUAAUCCACUCCAUUCUCAGCACAUAUGGAGACAUAAAACAGCCUGGAACGUCUAUUCUUAGAAUAUGUGCUGUAUCUGCUGCCGUGUAUUGAGGGUUUAUUUCCUUUUUCAGGUUGUCCUCCCUACAUUCAUCUUAGAGAAGCGUUCCUUAUUGGAAAUGUAUGCAGACUUUCUGUCUCACCCUGACCUCUUCCUGUCCAUCAGCACCGGUCAAACUGCCGAGGAGCGCAUGGUGAGAUUUGUUGAGUAUUACCUCACCUCGUUUCAUGAGGGCCGCAAGGGUGCUCUGGCCAAGAAACCAUAUAACCCCAUUAUUGGAGAAACCUUUCACUGUUCGUGGCAAGUCCCAAAAGACACUCUCUGCACCCCAAAACCCGCAGAUCAUCCACCUAAUGCACAUGAUGAAGUAACAGAGGCAAAUGAGAAGGACUUUUAUACAGUCAGAUUCGUGGCUGAACAAGUAUCUCACCACCCUCCUGUAUCAGGAUUCUAUGCCGAGUGCCCAGAACGCAAAAUGUGUGUCAAUACCCACGUGUGGACGAAAAGCAAGUUCAUGGGCAUGUCGAUUGGAGUUACUAUGAUUGGAGAAGGUAAUUCACGUGAGAAUGGGCAUGUAGUUGGAGGUCAGAUUGGUCACUAUGUAGGCUAGUAUGGAGCUAGCACAACAGGAUAGAAAGCGGACUGAUAAAAUUCUGAUAUACGAAUGAUACACAGGCAGGAGAGAGUUAAAAUAUCGCCCGUUCUUCAGGUGUAAUAUAAUUCUGAUAUACGAAUGAUACACAGGGAGGAGAGAGUUAAUAUAUCGCCCGUUCUGCAGAUGUAAUAUAAUUCUGAUAUACGAAUGAUACAAGGACAGGAGAGAGUUAAUAUAUCGCCCGUUCUGCAGGUGUAAUAUAAUUCUGAUAUACGAAUGAUACACAGGCAGGAGAGAGUUACUAUAUCGCCCGUUUUGCAGGUGUAAUAUAAUUCUGAUAUACGAAUGAUACAAGGACAGGAGAGAGUUAAUAUAUCGCCCGUUCUGCAGAUGUAAUAUAAUUCUGAUAUACGAAUGAUACACAGGGAGGAGAGAGUUAAUAUAUCGCCCUUGCUGCGGAUGUAAUAUAAUUCUGAUAUACGAAUGAUACAAGGACAGGAGAGAGUUAAUAUAUUGAUCUUUCCCAAGGUGUGUUGCAUCUCUUGGAGCACAGUGAAGAAUAUACUUUUACCUUGCCUUGUGCGUAUGCUCGUUCGAUACUUACUGUGCCAUGGGUGGAACUUGGAGGAAAGGUUAAUGUGAACUGCGCAAAGUCUGGUUACUCAGCAGCCAUCACUUUCCACACCAAACCGUUUUAUGGAGGCAAGUUACACAGGUAGGAGACAUCACUGGGCAUCACACUAUUGCUUAUCAGUUCCUUUCCUUAUAUAGAGAGUAUACACUGAUUGUAUCGUUACCUUAACUGCAGAGUAUACACUGAUUGUAUCGUUACCUUAAAUAUAGAGUAUACAUUGAUUGUAUUGUUACCUUAACUGCAGAGUAUACACUGAUUGUAUCGUUACCUUAAAUAUAGAGUAUACACUGAUUGUAUCGUUACCUUAAAUAGAGAGUAUACACUGAUUGUAUCGUUACCUUAACUGCAGAGUAUACACUGAUUGUAUCGUUACCUUAAAUAUAGAGUAUACACUGAUUGUAUCGUUACCUUAACUGCAGAGUAUACACUGAUUGUAUCGUUACCUUAACUGCAGAGUAUACACUGAUUGUAUCGUUACCUUAAAUAUAGAGUAUACAUUGAUUGUAUCGUUACCUUAAAUGCAGUGUAUACACUGAUUGUAUCAUUACCUUAACUGCAGAGUAUACACUGAUUGUAUCGUUACCUUAAAUAUAGAGUAUACACUGAUUGUAUCGUUACCUUAAAUAUAGAGUAUACACUGAUUGUAUCGUUACCUUAAAUGCAGAGUAUACACUGAUUGUAUCGUUACCUUAAAUAGAGAGUAUACACUGAUUGUAUCAUAUCUCACAUUUAAUGUUUUUUUUUUAUAUAUAUAUAUAAAGAGAAAUUAUGGCACAAAGUUCUAAAAAUGUUGCAAUUAGUAGGGACAAUUCUCUGGUUUGCAUGGUGAAUGCUGCAGACUUGCUUAUUGUAAGUUACCUGUGCGUUUCACGAGAUUUACUGAUCUACGUUUUUCCAUUCAAAGCUUAGUCCAUAGGUUAAACAAUAGAUCUAUAAAAACAAGUCCUGGAUACAGCACUGAAACUGAGAUUAGCGCCAGACGCUGUUCCAAGGUGAAUGAACUUCUAGUGGCUGCUAUCAGCCUGUUUGACCUGUUCACAGUUCAGUGAAUGGGACUCUGCACAGCAUGUGUUUCUGCCUAUACAUGGGCAUAAGGGGCACAGAGGUUGGGGGCCUGAACAGGUCCAAGGAAGGAGACAUAGAUUCUUACUUUGUCUGUGAGAUAACAGUCAUACUGUGUUGGACUGGAAACCCUUACUCUGCCAUGGACUUAUGCACUAACACAUUUCUGCUUUCCUUGUCUCUGUGUAAACACAGCCCCUGGGAAUACUCAAAGAAGUCACACCAAUUCAGAUGGAUUAUCAAUAAGCAUUCGAGGUUUAAUGCGUAAUACAUUGUAUUAUAUAAAACACAGUUUGUCUAGGGGUGUAUACAUCAACAGAAACAUUAACCAAUCAUAAGAGUCUCAGAACCAAAAUUAUAAUGUUUCAUAUAACAUAUCGUAAUGCUCUUAGUUAGUCUCCUGUUAACUGAUGCACAUGACAGUCUUUGAUUUAGGGACCCAAUUACAAAUUGCAGGUGCUAGAAAGAAUGCUUUUUUUUUUUUUUUUAAGUUUAGGAUAUUUAUGAAAGAUAGCGAAAGCUGGUGUCAGGCACAAGAACAGAAAAAUAUUGUGUGUUUAAAAAAAUGCGAGGUUAACCCUUUCAAAUGAGUAUCUUGUAUUAUAAUCAGGCACACUGACCAUUUGGUCUUUCAAUCUAUGUAUGCGAUAUUACAGAAGUAGAAAGCAGGACACGAGACUGACACCAUGUAACAUAAAAUAUAUAUCUAUGUAUGCCUAGGGGAAUAUUCACUAAGCACUGCAUAUGUAAAACAAUUUGUUUCCAUCAGACUGCUUGCAGUUUGAUAUUUGCAAAUCGCUAUUAUAAGCACUUGCUUAUAUUGGCGACAGGGACCGGUACUCCUUAUACCAACUGUGAGCGGCAGAGCAUAGGUUAUUGGUGCUUGCGAAGUCUCGUGUCUCUAUAUGGCUCUGUUUACAUGUGUGUAGCAAUUAAAACGUAAUUCUAUUACAUAUUGAGAUCAUGGCUAUUCAUUUGUGCUGUCAUGUUGUAUAAAUGUAUGUUACUCUUUUGAUAGACAAUUCACAUUUUCUUUAGGGUGACCGGCGAAGUAAAACACAACGCUUCAAACUCCGUGGUUUGUAAAAUCCAGGGAGAGUGGAACAGCGUAUUGGAAUUCAUGCACAGCAAUGGAGAAACGAAAUGUGUGGACCUCACGAAACUUGGAGUUACGCGGAAGAGAGUGCGUCCUGUGGACAAGCAAGGCCUCUUUGAGUCCAGGUGUGUUAGGUUUUGAUCGUUAAGCUGAAACAAUGGAGAAACACGUGAAAGGUAUCUCAAAAUGAACCAUUAUCCCAAUAAACAUCAGACAAGUGACAUCACGUAGUAACAUUGCAAUUAAAAUAAUCCAUAACCAAAAACAUAAUAAACUAGCAAUAAAGAAAAAACUGUACAAAACAUAUCAAGAAUAAAUAGCAUGUAGCAAAUAAACCACCAGCAUCUGGGAAGAAAGAUAAGAGGAUCAAGAAAUAAACACGGCAAAGGUAACCUAACCGGGGGAGGGGAGGAGGAAAGCGGUGCGCCUUCCGUCAUUGCUUAGAGUAAGAUUAUUGUACACUAAAGCUAGCGUAAUCUACAAUUUUACCACAAGACACGAGGCUUCUUAUAUUGCUGUUUUAACAAGAGAAUACAAAACAAAAAGAAGCUCAAGUGGUAGGUUUAAAAUAAAAUGUCUGAAGAGUAUCCUCGCCGGUCCAACCUGCUGAAUGUAAAAUGUCGGAAAGGGAGGCGUCUGUGCCUCUAACAGAUUGUGCCACCAAAGAUGUCCAGACGCUAGGGAUGGCUACAUCCAGUGAGCUAGAGUCAUAGUGGCAACAGACUUGUGAGGGUGGAUGUGGGAUAUCAGGAGAUGGCCUGCCCAUCCAUGUAACAAAGCGAAAUAGAAACUAGAGUUUAGGAAUGUCAAAAUGUCAACAAAGUCUUAUUUUAAACUCAGCCAGCAUCACAACCAACUGCUAUUGAGGAAGGAGAGGGCUUUAAGAAAUAUAGCCUCAAAGCCGUCUAGGUCUUCACAUGCAUGAAGUCUGAAAAACACAUUAUCCCAUAAUGCUUCCUGUAGGCAAUUGCUGGUAUGGUGCUAUACAGAGAGACAGAUAUAUAUUUCUUUUUACAUUAUAAGCACAUAUGUGAUCACUGCUUCCUGUGUCUCCAGGCGGCUUUGGACCCACGUUACAGAAGCUUUAAAGGAAAAAAACAUUGAGAAAGCAACUGAACACAAGAGAGCUCUAGAGGAACGCCAGCGAGCGGAGGAACGGCUGCGGGUAGAAACAGAGACUUCAUGGGAAACCAAGUAUUUCAUGAAGGAGGUAAGUCUGACUGUACAGAGGGAACCGCCAGACAGGAGCUUAAGAUUGGUGCAGUCAUCCUCACAUACUGCGCCACAAAGCCCUGAAUUCAAUAUAAUGACUCACAGUAUCACAGCGGACAUCGAAUAGACACCAACUAUUGUAAGCAGACUUUAUAUUUCCAGUGCACACCAUAAUCGUGUCCGAGUCAAAAUGGACACUCCGCAAUAAGUCACGGGCUGAGGAUCAGAGGAUAUGCUGUUUAGCACUGUUACUCCAAUAGGGAAACUCAGCCCACCAACGGCUAACAUUGUGCCCCCUGUAAAUGAAACUGGCCUUCUUUCACCCUUGGCUGUGCAUGCUGUUAACGUGGCGCCCCCCUAGUGAGUUUCCAGUUCAUGACUGCUGCUAUAAUCAGUGUAGUGGAGAGCUGAUAUUCCACAGGUUUUCUCCACUUAAGAUCCCAGUGAGGCUCAGGAACAAGUAUUAGAAAUCCAUAAGGCAAUAAUUCCAGCAGGCAAAACAAUCCAACAAUAUCCCAACAGCAAUCCUAAUGACUGGACGACACACAGCAUCAGGAGCAGAACUGAACCUUUAAUCACACAGCCUUCUUUUAAAGCAUUCUCCCAUGCAAGGGAGGGAUUUACAGUAAUUACACAAUACACCAAUCAUACACGAGUUGCCACCCACACAUCCCCUCCCCUUAGGAUGACACAUAAUCCCAUUAUGCAGGACACAGUUCCCCUUGUUUUCUGGAUGUACCCCUAGACCUAGGAGUACCCCUUUAAAUAUUACAUCCCCUGGUAGCCCUUACCUGGGUGAGACACAUAUCCAAAAAUCACCCAGAUCAGACCAGGGGUUCGGGAAAUUCCUGGAGGUAUUAAAAAGACCGACCGCGCUGGGGUUAACAGCCGAAAAGUGUUCCAUGUAUUUUGGCCCUGCGGUUGGUCACAGAAAAGGGAAGGAAACACAUGAAUGGGUUGGGUUAUGAGAGCUGGGGAGGAUUCGGGUAAAUCCCAUUGUUCGUGGGGUUCUUUCUACCGAACGGGGAGCCGUUCGGUAGUUUUUACACAAAUUGGCGGCAGUGUGUAGGUCUCAGCAGUGUUUGCCUAACUGACUGUCCGAUUUGGGAUCCAGACACUCGACGGCAAAACACAGCUGUUCGGGAGUUUAAAAUGGCCACCGCCCGGACCUUCCUCAGUUUUACAUAUGGACCCCGAAAGAGCACAGAGCACUUUUAAGGACUACCUGCCCAGCUAUUACAAAUUCGAUUCACAUCUGGGACAAAUAUGCCACAAAAUACGAACUAACAACAUCGUCCUCCCCCCUCACCCCCAUAUACAGAAAUAGGGCAUUUAUUCCAGGCAUGAGACCCAGAGAUUUCAAAGGCCUGGAAAAUGCAGACCUACAAAGAAUUCAUCAACUCUACACAGGUCACGACAUAAUCACCUUCGCUGAAUUACAAACCAGAACAACCCUAACCCCCGCAGAUUUCUUUAGGUACCUACAGCUAAGACACUAUGCUACCCAAGAAUCUGUUAAAAGAGCUGCACUAGCUAAACCAACAUUCUUUGAAAACAUAUGCCUGGCCGAACGCUACCAAAAGGGAUUGAUCUCCCUCUUGUACUCCCAUCUCUGCUCCACUACACGGGAUUGGGGCGCCCUCCACUACACAGACAAGUGGGAAACCGACCUUGGGGAAACAUUAGAGGGGAUAGACUGGCAGGACAUAUGGCAGGCCACUGCUAAAACCUCUAUUUGCGUCACGAUGCAAGAGCAGGCCUACAAAACGAUGUUCAGGUGGUAUACCACCCCUGUUCAGCUAUACCACAUGAAAAAAACACCCACAGACCUCUGUUGGCGCAAUUGCGGGGAGAGAGGGACGUAUACCCAUAUGUGGUGGCACUGCCCUAAGAUUAAAAUUUACUGGACGGCCAUUCAAACCCUCAUGACCCAAAUAUUUGAUAGACCAGUGACGUUGAACCCAUGGACGUUCCUACUGGCCAGACCUCAGGAGAAUUGGUCUAAACCAAACCAGCAUCUGUUUAACAAAAUAACCUUAGCGGCCAGGAGAGCGGUAGCCCAGAUCUGGCUACAGCAGGACACCCCCUCAGUAGCAAUAGUGAUUAACAAAAUCAAAGAAUGCCACUUAAUGGACAAACUCACGGCCCAAAUUAGGGGCACAACCAAAGCUUUUACUAAGACGUGGGAACCGUGGGAGACCUAUAAUGACCAGUAAGACCAAUAAAGACCAUGUAGCAGAAAGGAGUCGCAAACGCGAACGAUAGACUGCAGUAACCCCCCCCCCUUCCCCCUCCCCACUUUACCUCAACUUCUCUCCCCCCACCCAGACCACGACUGUUUGGACCGAGAUGACCGGUAUCCCGGCCCACAGUUCAGUUAUUAUCUGUUUUUGUUCUUUUUGUACACACUGUUCUUGUUGAAACAAUAAUACCAACAACAACGACGGAUGAAAGUAGAGAUGUUAAAACUCUUCAUAUGUACCUGGCAUGUUUAUGUACUAUUGAAACGCUCUUGCACGAGCCAAACCCUUUGCAUUGUCUACUCCAUACCGUUGCAAAAAUAAAGAAUUAAAAAUAAAAAAAAAAUGGCCACGGCCACGUGUUCGUCUCCCGAAUGGUGGCCACCCAGAGGACAAAGAACACACUACACGAAUUGCCAAUUACCCAUUUGCAACAUUGUUGCGAACGGUAAUUGAAGGCACACUUACUCCUGGGGUGAUCUGAUUGUUCGGUAGUUUCACUCGCAUAAUAAUCAGAGUGAUUUUACCGAACAAUCAGGCAAAUGCUGCAUACACUUCACAUACACAUGGCACAAUUUAACCGAACACAUAGGAAUAUACAUAAUUUUGAGGACAGCCCAAUGCCAUCCGCUACAAUCAGGUAAAGAUGAUCAUCCUAGGAGUGGAGUCUGACCCAACAUGGCUACUGAGACAGAUAAAGCUACAUAUUCUUAAAAAAAUGAAUAUUCGUCAUUAUAUGUUUGCUACAUUUUAUUGUUUUUACUGUAUUAAAUGACAUGUUACAAUAUUUAAUAAACAUUUCCAUUAAUAAAAAUAAUUAAAGACUGUUAAAUGUAUUAAACUAUUACAAACCAAGAAGUGGUCAAGGCAAACUAUAGAUCCCAUGUCUUUCAUGCAGAUAAUUGCAGUAUUUUCUGUUUAUUACCCGGCAGGGCGAUGGAUGGGUCUAUAACAGUCCGCUGUGGAAGAGCUCAGACUCGGGGCUUUAAAUACUAAACUGGUGUUAUUGGAUGGGAGGACUCAGACAGUGCCCAGCUAACUGCACCAACUUCCUGGCAGCCUGCGUGUGGAUCUUCUUGCAGGCUGGGAGACUUGUAGCGUUGUGGAGUCUGCUCAGUAUUAAUCAUUUUACCAUCUUAUUUCUGCACGUCGGAGACUGGAGUACUCAGGAUUCUGCCGCUUGUGCUUUACUCUGUACCUGCAGUAACAGACUACUCAUUAACUCUUACAGCACCGGACAGUCAGUAUUAGGUCACGUUUGUUUUAUUUCGCAGAGUUGUAUAAACCAUAUACAGCUUUUUCUAAUUUACAUUUCAGAUCUUAAAGCAGAAAGCCCUUUGGCCCACGCCAGGCAGCGAGAAGGCCUUUGACAUGCGUGUGCUCUUUUUGUUGGAUAGUUUGUGUUAACCCUUUGUCGGCACCUUGUUUCCAGGAAGAGAGUUGUCUAAAAGAUGUGAAGUAGAGAGGACCAGUAACUGUAUGUUACUAAUCGCCAACUGAUUUGCUGUGCAUUUGGAGUCCAGAUUUAGUUUGAAUGGAGUUAACUCACUGCGUGCCAGAGGAAAGUGUUGCCCUCUAUGUCUCCUUUCUCUAUGGACAGGGAGGUACAAGCAUCGGUUAACCUUUGAUCGAUACAAGGUCCUACACCUACACAAGAGGCCUGUAUUUUAACUAAUAAAUUACCUGCCAAAAAAAGCACAGAAAGGCAUUGUUACAUUGGAAAGCUAAUUUUGCUGAAGAUGUCAGAAUAUCACAUUCAGGUACAAGCUGCACCCCGUUUUGUAAUCUCCAUUAAUGAUGUUUCUGAAUUGCUGGCAAUCAUGAUGACAGAAUGAAACUUCACUGACAUUACGGUCCCUUCCAGGAGUGCUGCCUUAAUCUCUUCUGAAUGUUGUCUUCCGAUCAGUGUGUUACAUUCCUAUCUGUCCACAGACACGUUUCAGCAUUGUGAUAAACCCAUAACUAACACUGUGGCCUCCAACUGCCUUUUGUUAGCAUGUAUGAGAGCGCAUAGGAGCCUGGCCGUGUGUUUCCGCAAUGCUGUGAUCUGCACUGAACAGACAGACUUUGUGGACUGAAUAAACUCUCUGGAAUAUUAUGUGUCCUGUGUCUUUAUGUAAUUAUUAUAAUGGGUACAGCUCUGCUUAUUAAGCCGUGUAAUUAUAUUAUUUAAUGUGUUAAACUAGCGUGUGCUGUGUUACUGUGUCUUGUUUCAUUCCUGUCACACAGCACAUAAUGCAAGACAACUAUUCCGGCCCAAAAUCUGGAAUCACCUUCAGGUUAUUCACUGCAGUGGGAAUUGUUAUUGGAGCUGAUUUGAAUAAAAUAUUCAGUUAAUCUGGUUGUGGUUGGUUAUUGGUGAAAAGCCCUGUUUGCAUUACUGACAAUUCACAUUUUAGUGAAUAUCUUAUCUGGAAAAAUUCUGCAACUCAGCCAAAAUCAUAACUUGGAUAUUUUAAAAUAAAUUAUGCAGUUUGGGAUUCACUUCAUUAAAUACGGAGUUUGGUAGAUAAACCCCAUAAAGUGUGAAUUGUCAGGAAUUUACAUUCUACAUGAAACCUAGC